AGCAAGUAGCAAGUAUCAAGGUGUAAUGGACCGUCAUGGCGACGUUACCGCCGCGGAAAAAUCCAACUCCGACGAAGAUUUUAAAACAGCAUUUAACCCCGUUGCAAACGUUAUUACAAUUAGGUUUCCCGAAACAUCGAGCAGAGAAAGCAUUAGCUGCUACAGGACAUCGAGGUGUUCGACUUGCAUCGGAUUGGCUAGUAGCUCAUGUUAGAGAUCCUACUUUGGAUUCUGAUACCCAUAGACAAUAUGUUUUGUAUGCUUGUCCUACGGGUGAAUUAGCUGAGCAACUUAGGAGAUUUUGGUCAGAGAGUAAAGAACUCAUAUGGAAUGGAGCACAUAAUUAUGUGCCACAUAUUACGCUUGUAUCAUUUUUCAAGGCACCAGAUGAAUCUACUGAGGAAUUGGUAAAUGCGCUUGAAAGUAUAGUUAACCAAGGUGAAUUAUCAAAGAAUAUUGAAUUAGAAACUUAUGUUUCUCCUAAUUUUAUGGGUCUAUUUGUUAAAGAAGUAAAUACAGAAUGGCUAAAAAACAUUGCCAUUUGUUAUGCAAACAAACUUUCAAGUUUGGGAAUUUCUGCAGAACCCCAAAUAAAAUCUUUACAUUUGACAUUGGCUUAUCAAUUUCCCGGCAACUUAUAUCAACAAUUGCGCCUGAUGGUGGAGAAACUGACACUCAUUUGUCCAACUAAUUGGGAACUCAGAUUAUAUUCCAGAGAUUCUAGGCUACAAAAUGCACAUGUACAUAAAGUGACACAUCCUCACAUGCCUAGGGAACACGAUGAAUUAGAAUUGAGAGUGGGAGAUUACAUUUACAUUCCAGAAGGGGCGUGUAGCGUAUCUACAGAUGGUUGGGUUGAAGGUAUCUCUUGGCUAACUGGUAUUUCAGGGCAUUUACCUUUGAAUCAUACAAAACGUACAGCUGAAUCAGAUUCAUGGACUUUACAUACGACCAUACAAAUUACUGACAAUAGAAGCGGAAUUUUAGAAAAAGAAGAAAUAUCCCUAACUCGGAAACCACCAAUAUCUUUAUCGACUGAUUCCAUAGACAGCCCUGAUGGAGUAGCAACAACUACUGAAUCAAUUGAAGCUUCUGAAGUACCUUCAAGUUCCUCAAGACAAAUUUUUAUAUGCCGUCAUGGAGAAAGAGUAGAUUUUACAUUUGGAGCAUGGAUUCGUUAUUGUUUUGAAUCAAAUGGAUCCUAUGUUCGUAGAGACUUGAAUAUGCCAAAGGAAAUACCAUCGAGAAAUAUACAGGACUUUCGAAAUGAUAGUCCUUUAACAACUGUAGGUGAAGUACAAGCAAGUUUGGUAGGAGAAGCUAUGAAAUCAUCUAGUAUUAAAAUAGACGUGGCUUUUACAUCUCCCUCAUUAAGAUGUAUACAAACAUUGGCCCACAUUUUAAAAGGAUUAGAUUUAAACAUUCCAAUGAAAAUAGAGCCAGGUCUCAUAGAGUGGUUAGCAUGGUAUCCAAAUGGUGUUCCUGUUUGGAUGACAUCUGAAGAAUUAAUAAAAGCAGGUUUUAACGUAGAUAAAAGUUAUAACCCAAUUGUUAAAGCAAAAGAUCUUCCAUUGAAAGAAAAUGCAGCCCAGUAUUAUGAACGAAGUUAUGAAUUAAUCAAACGAAUUAUUGAAAAUACAGUAGGAAAUAUUCUAAUAGUAGCUCAUGCUGCUUCUUUGGCCGCUUGUACCAGACAAUUAACAGGUGGGAAAGUACCACCAGCUUCUGAAGUUACUAGAUUAGCACAGAGAGUACCAUAUUUAGCGUGUUUAACAGCACGUGAAGGGUUGGAUGGUUGGCAACUUCAUCCACCUCCUUUUCCUCCUAUAACCCAUACCAGUAAUACUAGAUUUGAUUGGAAAGUAUUAUUAUAAAAAGUAAUUAAUAUUUUAAAUACAGUUUUUCUCUUUUUAUCUUUUAAAAUAUUAAAGCUUAAAUCAUUAAGAACUAUGCAGAUACAAUGAAUUUUUUGUAAUAUAUGUAUUUUAAUUUAUAUAAACUACAUUAGAAAGAGAGAAAAAGUAUUAAAAAGAUUAUUUUCUGGGUUGGGUUAUUUAUAACGUAAUAAAAAAUAUGCCAGUCGUCUAUUCAAUAUUUAAAACAAUUAAUAUUUGUAGGGCAAUAAAUACGGGUAUUGAUUUUUUUUAAUUCUACCUUUUCUAUAGAGAUAUACUAAGUAGCAUAUACGUUUAAAAUGAAUGUAUGAAUUAAUAUUUUGAAAAAGAUAUAUUCUCAUAGAUUUCGUACUGGUCGUUUAGAAAAUGUUUAGUAAAGACGAAGUAUAGUAUUUAUAACCUUUAACAGGCAAAUAUUGAGAGUUUAUUCAGAGUUUUUAAGAAUAUAUUUAAAAGAUUAUGAAAUUAAAAAAUUGGUUAUAUGAUGAUUUGCUGUAACGUUAAUCACAAUUUGUAAAGUUCAUAUGGUUAUUGAAUCAAUCUAUUAUUUAUUCAAAUGUUUAAAUCUGCAUGUAUUUUGAACGUAUUAUUAUACAUGCAGAAUAUAUAAACAGAUUUAGGAUCUAUUACUACUAUGUUUAGUGAAGGUUUACUUUAUUCUGACAAAAAAUCUAUGUGUACGAAAAUAACAAAAAUCAGUAAAUAAUAAAAUUUUUCCACACACUGUACAGGUCUAUGAAACAAUAGUUGGUAUGAAUAAUGUGUGAAGAAAUAGAAGUACAAAAUUAAUGUAGAAAAAUAAUGUUAUUUACCAAAGAAAUAUAUAAGAUGUUAUUUCAUUACAAA